AUUGGAGGAGAAGGUGCUCCUGCCGCCGCCGCCGCCGCUGGUGCCGCAGGGGGAGCCAGGCUGGCCCAGCUCCUUCUCCCCCGCUCCCUUCCCUCCCUUUCCCCUCCCUGAGGGCCUCGGGCCGCCCCAGCUCUCGCCAGGAGUGGGGGAAGCGGAGAGAGCGAGCGAGAGCGGCAGGGAGGCCGCAGCCCCAGCCUUUCCAGCAGGGUCCUCCCGGGGCCCCCCGCCGCCGCCGCCAUGACUUCCCUGACCCAGCGAAACUCGGGCCUAGUGCAGCGCCGGACCGAGGCCUCUCGCAGCGCCGCCGCGGCCGACAAAGAGCGGGCGUCCGGGGGCGGCGGCGGCGGCGGGGGCGGCGGAGGAGGCGCGGAGGAAGAAGGCCGGCGGGACGAGCAGGGCGACGACGAGAAGGGCGACUCCAAGGAAACGCGCCUCACGCUCAUGGAGGAAGUGCUGCUGCUGGGCCUCAAGGACCGAGAGGGUUAUACAUCAUUUUGGAAUGACUGCAUUUCCUCUGGGCUGCGUGGCUGCAUGUUAAUUGAAUUAGCACUGAGAGGGCGUCUUCAGCUGGAGGCAUUUGGAAUGAGACGCAAAAGUUUGUUAACUAGAAAGGUGAUCUGCAAAUCAGAUGCUCCUACAGGGGAUGUUCUACUUGAUGAAGCUCUGAAGCACAUUAAGGAGACACAGCCUCCUGAAACAGUGCAGAACUGGAUAGAGCUGCUUAGUGGUGAGACAUGGAAUCCAUUAAAAUUGCACUACCAGUUACGAAACGUACGUGAACGAUUAGCCAAAAACCUGGUGGAAAAGGGGGUUUUGACUACAGAGAAACAGAACUUUCUCCUCUUUGACAUGACCACACACCCUCUCACCAACAACAACAUUAAGCAGCGCCUCAUCAAGAAAGUUCAAGAAGCUGUUCUUGACAGAUGGGUGAAUGACCCCCACCGCAUGGACAAGCGCUUGCUGGCUCUCAUUUACUUAGCCCACGCAUCAGAUGUCCUUGAGAACGCUUUUGCCCCCCUUUUGGAUGAGCAGUAUGACCUAGCCACAAAGAGAGUGCGGCAGCUCCUGGAUUUAGACCCUGAAGUCGAAUGUAUGAAGGCCAACACAAAUGAGGUCCUGUGGGCUGUAGUAGCAGCCUUCACAAAAUAACUGCAAUCAGACUGCUCAAGUGUUCUUUUCCCCAUUUCAUGUCAAUCAAUUUAUCUUCUAUUGACGAUUCAUGUUUUCUGUCAUCUUGUACCUCUCUUCAUAUGAUGAAAAUCAGCUCUUGUUCAAGCUUUUGUUCAUGGGAACGGUAGGUGGUGUGUUCUGUUUCUCCGUGUGUGUGUGUCUACUACAGGAUUCUGCUGGUUCAAGAGAGCUUCCUGCUCUUCAACAUGCUUGACAGCCACAUUGACAUUCUGUUUAGUAUCCGAUCUAAGUUACUGUGUCUGGGUUUUUAUUGUACCCCUCUUUCUUCCACUGGGAUGGUUUCACGCAGAAAGCACAUCCCAGGAGGGAAUCAAGCAUCUGGUUUCAAGUUGAUCCAACUGUAUCAUCUGCCUCAGCGAAGUGCAGCAUUUUAUCCUUGGCUAAAAUCACGAAGGCAUGUUGGAAUCGCCCGAAGUGAGCCUUUUGGAGUGCAGUUGAACAGGUUCCGUUAAAUCACUGAGGGUUAUUUUGGAACCUCGCACAGAAUCCUGCUGGAAUGGAGUGGUGAUUGGUGCCACAACAAAACCUAGUAGAUUGCCCCUUUCUUCCUAGACAUACAUGUGUAAGUGCUCAAACAAUUUCUAAAGCAGAAAUAUCCCCAGAUCGACUCAAUAAAUAGUUCAGCCAUCUCGUGCAUUUUGCUGUUCAUGUAACUCUUUAUUGAGUUUUUGUUUGUUUACUUUAAAAAUAACUGAAUCCUAAGGCUAGUAUCAAAAAGUCUGGUUGUUUUGCAGAGGGGUGGGAUACAUUCCAGUGUGGUCUGUAUAUAGAAUUGUAUAUUAACACUCAAGCACAUUUUAGUAAAUUUCCAAAUCUGAAUUAGUUGUGCAUCUGGCUUUCUAUCAUUUGCUUUCAGCCACUGCCUCUUGGUGGAAAGAUGGGCCUCCUAUAAAAAAAAGGUGUGCAUGUGUGCGUGCCUGACCUUUCCUUCUAUGGAGUUUGUGCCAUUCAGGUACAUUCUUCUUGUAUGUUGCCUUUAUAACAUUUGUUGUAUGAUGAGAACAUUUUAUCAUUCCCCCCCCUUUUUUUUUUUGGAAGAGGCUUGUGAUGAGUACAGUUCUUGGUUGCAGACUUCAAUUUCUGUUUGUACACAAGUUAAAAUUGUGUCUCAUGCCAUUAAUCAACUUAACACUUAAACAAAAAUCAGUUGUCAAUCUUAACAAGUGUUGCAUGUAAAUUGUUAGCAGGUAAUUACUACAGUUCAACCAAUUACGACUUCUGUAGUAGGAAGCUCUACUAUGUUUUAAUUUUUAUAUACAAUUAUGCUGAUUAGCACAUUAUUGUAAAAUAUAUAAACUGGCUUUUUAAAGUUUAUUACCUCUUUACCAUUGCUUGUUCUAGCUCCAUUCACAAUGUAAAUAUUAUGCAUUGAACAAAUAAAAGACUGACCUUUUUGUUUUGGAUAACAGAACACACUAAUAGUGGAGCAGGUAUGUAGAAAUUUUUGGUUAACAUUGAAAGCAGAAAUUACUAGAUGGCGUUUAACUGUAGUUGAAAUUUAAAGGGAUCCCCAAUCUGUAUACUAGCUUUUUACCUACAGUAAAUAAACGAUUAUCUUGAAAGUGCCUGAAACAGA